CAUGAGGAUCCUCAGCAAUCGUCUGCUCGCAGGGAAAGGAACAUCACGAUUAGCUUCACCUGUAAGAUCAGCCACGUUAGGAGGGAAAGUUUUGGACAAGAACAAAUUAAACAGAGAACAUUACUCUGUGGCCCAUUGAGAGUUUUUGGAGAUUGAUGCGGUAUGGAAGAAUAGACUUGAGGAAUAACCACAAUCCCUCUGUUCGUGUCUUCUCAAUUUCUUCACUUUGGGAUGGAUUAUAGAUCUGGGCUGACUCUCCUGUCCUGCUGGACCAGCCAGAGGAGACCCUGAUCACAGAGAUUAGUUCACAGGACCUGAGGUUGAACUGAGGCAACAGAAGUGAAGACUAAGGGUCCAAGGCUGGAUAAGUUCCCUGCAGCUUGCGAGCUAUCUGUGUAGUAUCUGUUUAUAACUGUUAAGAACUCAUCAAAGGUUAAAAAAUGGCGCUCAUGAAGGUGAAGUUUGACUUGAAAAAGCGCGUCAAACUGGCCCAGUUUGUCUGGUUUAUGUACUGGUUCUCAGUGAUGGCCGGGGUGCUGGUGUUCAGCAUGGGCCUGUUCUUUAAGAUUGAGCUGCGGAAACGCUCAGAGCUCAUGGACAACAACGAGAGCCACUUUGUUCCCAACUUGCUCAUUGCAGUGGGUCUGCUUGCCUGUGGCAUCAACGCCUUUGGAGGCAAGAUCUGCUAUGACUCCCUGGAUCCUACCAAGUUUGCCAAGUGGAAGCCCAUGCUGAAGCCUUUCCUGGUGUCGUGCGUGAUGUUCAAUGCCCUUCUGGUGUUGACGGCUCUGCUCUGCUUUCUUAUGAGAAUUCCCUUGCAGUUCACGCUGGCAGAGGGGCUGAAGAACGGCAUGAAGUUCUACAAAGACACAGACACCCCUGGCCGCUGCUACAUGAAGAGGACCCUGGACAUGAUGCAAAUGGAGUUCCGUUGCUGUGGCAACAACAACUACAAAGACUGGUUUGAAAUCCAGUGGGUUAGUAACCGCUACCUGAACUUUGGGGCAAAAGAAGUAAAAGAUCGUAUUGGCAGCAAUGUGGAUGGUCAGUAUCUGAUGGAUGGGGUUCCCUUCAGCUGCUGUAACCCCAGCUCCCCCAGACCCUGCAUCCAGUACCAGGUCACCAACAACACAGCCCACUACAGCUAUGACCACUACACAGAGGACCUGAACAUCUGGAAGAGGGGCUGCCGCGAUGCCCUGCUCUCCUACUACGGAGGCCUGAUGAACACAAUAGGAGCCCUGGUGUUGCUGGUGACCAUGCUGGAGGUGGGUGUGAUGGUGGGUCUGCAAUACGUGAACACCUCCCUCUCCACCCUGGCCAACCCAGAAGACCCCGAGAGUGAGAGUGAGGGCUGGAUCCUGGAGAAGACUGUGAAGGAGACCUUCACUGACAUCAUGGCUAAGAUGAAGAACAUGGGCAAAGGCAACCAGGUGGACGAGGGAGCGGAGGCUCCCGUCGCCACGGUGAGCUGAACAAGCUCCGCCCAUACAAACUGAAACCACUCUCAUUGAACAGGGGAGAGACAGAGAGCGAGUGAGAUUGGUGUUGCUACUAUUUUACCCACAUAAAACAUACUAAACAAUACUAUAAACACAUUUGGCUUGCUUUUGGAUACAUACAAACAAAUGGACUUCAGUAUUGUGUAAAGGGAAGUACAUCAUAGGUCCCUGAGUACAUAUAGAAAAAGGAUAGCAGAAUUUAUGAAAAAUGUGACCUUUCACGCCCAAGACAGAAACACACGCACAGUCACCACACAUGCUCAUGCAUACGUAGACCAACUCGGACGACAGCUCUGCUUUGAAGCAGAUUCUCACUGUGGGAUUUCCUCUCUUUGUUUCAUAGGUAAAGAAUGUUAUUGCUUAUUUCAUGUUUUUAUUUGAUUUUUAAUUUCCAUCCUGUCUAUACUCAAAUGUGGGAACACAACAAACCAACAAGCUAAUGGUCUAACACCAAAAAAUGCAUACUACCAAAUUAUUUGCAUUUUACCACAAUGUGAAAGUAUAUUAUUUCCUUUUGAUGUGAAACGUAAGGUCAGUACUACAAGGUCAGGUGAGCAGGUGUGUCAUUUUCAGAGAGGUGUGGGGAUGGUGGUUGCUAUGCAGCCCCCCCUCCCAAGGUUUUAAAGGUUAAGGAGUCAAGUUGGUAUUGGUAGCUCAAUGAGCAGUGUUUUUUUAUAGUGAUUUCACUUGUAGGUAAAAAAAAAUAGGCCACAUGCAAAGAAAAUAAAUGUCACAAAAAACACAGCUUCUUCCACAAGUUCAGCUUCUACUGCAUUCAUCUUAAAAAGGAUGGGUUGUGCUACUGAGAUGGGGUAGGAGUGUGAAGGAGAGGGGGGCGGUCAUUCUGGGGUCUCUCAGGGCUGGAGAGAGGAGGAACUCUGGGAUGUAGGGCGGGCGAGAGGGGGAACUCUGGGAUGUAGGGCGGGCGAGAGGGGAAACUCUGGGAUGUAGGGCUGGAGAGAGGGGGAACUCUGGGAUGUAGGGCUGGAGAGAGGGGAAACUCUGGGGUGUAGGGCUGGAGAGAGGGGAAACUCUGGGGUGUAGGGCUGGAGAGAGGGGAAACUCUGGGGUGUGGAGCUGGAGAGAGGGGGAACUCUGGAAUGUAGGGCGGGCGAGAGGGGGAACUCUGGCGUGUAGGGCUGGAGAGAGGGGGAACUCUGGGAUGUAGGACUGGAGAGAGGGGAAACUCUGGGGUGUAGGGCUGGAGAGAGGGGGAACUCUGGGAUGUAGGGCUGGAGCCAAAGUGAGGGGGAAAUGGGCAGGCACCGGAGGGAACCAGGGUAACCACAAAGCUGGGGAGGACAUUUGAGAUUGGCAGCUAAAUCCCUCCCACAGAACCCUGAACUCUGACCCCUCACCUUCACCACUCAGUGGUCCUGUGUCCUAUUAAAUGUGUCUAUUUUAGGUAUGGACCUGCUGUAAAUACCAUUCUCACACACUCAAACACCAACAACUGGGCUACUGUCUUUGUAAAUAGUGUAGAAUUGAUACAAUACUUUUUUUAAACAAUGUAAUCUAUCAAAUUCUUUGAUUUUAUUGACUGUAAAGAUUUUUUGUUGUGAAAAAUAUUUUUGUCUCUGUACGCAUAGAAAAAUAAUGAUGAUUAUUGUACACCAGAAUAAAGGAACAUAGUCGUGUUAGAAAGGAUCAUA